AUGCUCAAAUUGAAACACAAACAUGCCUUGGAUGCAUUCAUGGGAUCUUACGAUCGAUUUACGCUUCUUCAUCGUCAAACAAUCCAGCUGAGGAAAGAUAUGGUCAAGGCAGAGAACGAAUUAGCAAAAGACGAGCAAGAUUCGUUGGACUGUGGUGCAGCUUCCCAUGAGGCGGAUAGAGAAAUGGCGGAAUGUGUGGAGCGUCUGAAAGAAACCUCUGCAAAGAUGGGAGAAAAAUGGGAAGUGCAGAUAGUGGAUACUACCGGGAAGUUGCGUCUGACCGGUUUACAAAAGUGUACGGCUGCCAUUCAUAUCCUGACAUAUGGCAAUACAGCUGAUGCAGUUGAUGGAUACCUCCAACUAGGAGCGAGCAUUGCGCUCACAUGCACAAAUUUGUCAAUGCAAUCAUCUCUUUUUACGAGGAGGAUGAUAUACCUCUAA